GUGUGUUUCAAUUAAAACUUGCACCGGGGCCGUCAUUUCAUUUCUUUAUUCAGAACACUGUGCUUGGAUGAUCAUCGCGCCAAAAAGACGAGAAACGAGCCAAAAAACUAAUCAUGUAUGACAAUGUAUAUCCCCCCCCACAAAAAAAAAAUAAAUACCAACAGAAUUCAAUAGGAAGAACAUUGGUAAAGUCUAUAGCAAUCGCGUUUGUGAAAUUAGUACACAUUACGUACCCAGGAGAUGCCAAAGGGAGAUUCUGCACAGAGCUGAUACAUUUAUUUCACAGGACUUAGAUGGAUGUCAGGUUUUCAACACGAUCAUUUCGCCAAGUAUUCACUUAUACAGUAGAUCUGAAUACUUCUUUAAAAUUGUAUUGCAAUCCAUCCGUUUCAGCCCAUUAGAGAGAACUUUGCUCAACGUUAUCACGCCUUUUUGUUACCUGUGGUUCCUGUGGUGUAACGCGUUUUUGUUCAAGAUGUGUUGUGAAUUAAUUUAUAUCCAUCUCUCAGAUUGUUCCUCUUAACGAGUAGAUAUUGAAAGCAACGAUUUAUUGAUCAUUCGAAAAUAAGAAAUGGCUGGUUGAUUUGGUUACACGGCAUUACACUGUAUUUACAAGGGACAUUUAAUAAUUCAGCAAGCAAAUUUUUAUAUCCGCAAUAUUAAUAAUGUCGACAUUCUGUUUAUACACUAUGUAAAUAAUGAGCAACAGCGAUUUACUGUACACGUACUGUAUUUUUAAAUGUUAGUGCAGACAUGUCUACAGCGUAUACUCAUUCUUCCGGUGAUAAAGCCCAGCUCAGAUCAACGCACUUAGGGGCGCUACUAUAUGAGAUUCCGUACCAGAGCACAUUUUUCUUGAGCAUGAAUUUAGUUAAGAAUAUAUACAGUACUCCGUCGAUUUGAAUAAUUGUUUUAUUUCAAGCAUUGGACUUUAAAGCGGGCGCAGUACCUGCUAGAAAGCAAGAGAUAGGGCGUGUUUUCAAUUUCUUAUGACGACGUCGAGCUUGGGAAAAAGAAACAGUUUAUUAACUUGAGAAAUGGAAACUACUGGAUGGAGUUUCUGUUUCGUUUCUCUGGGUGUAAGAAGCUGGAAAUCAGCAAUCGGUAACCGCCAGUACACAAGCUGCACUUGUCGACACUAUGAGUGCCCCACAGAACCAAGAACUGGAAGUCACACUGAAGACACUUGAGUGCCACUUCACAUGGGGAAUAGAGAAAGGCGAUGUGAAAGAUCUGGAUAACAUCCCGGAAAAGCUCUUGGACAGAAUAAAAUUCUGUCACCGUCGGUAUCAUCCCACUUUCUUUAAUGUGCUGGCAUUCAUUAGUCAGACAACAGGGAAGAGUGAAACUGGUCUUGAAUUCCUUAACAAGGCUGAAAGAGUUUUAAGGGAGGAGAAGUCAUUCUCAGAGGCUGACUUACUGGUUACUUAUGCUAACUUUGCCUGGAUAUACUACCACAUUGGCAAACUAACUGAAGUCAGCACUUAUUUUGGCAAACUGGAAAACAUAUGCAAGGGUAUCCCACAGUCAUCAAAGUAUUCAGCCAAUGUGCCCAGAGUUUAUGGAGAAAAGGGUUGGACAUUUCUAAAACUUGGGUCCAGAUUCUAUCAAAGCUCUAAAGAAAGUUUCCAAAAAGCUCUGCAUGGCGAUCCAGAGAAUGUGUCAUUUAACAUGGGGUAUGCAGUCGUUCUCUAUAGACUUGAGGGAAUGAUGGGGAAAAGAGUGAAUCCAGAGACAAGUGAUGCAGUGCGUCAGUUAAAAAAGGUCUUACAAUUAGAGCCUUGUGAUUCGGAGGCCAUGGUGCUCUUGGCCCUUAAGCUUCAACACGUCAAGAAAGAAGAUUCUUGGAAACUCAUCAAACAAGCUCUCAGGCUGACUCCUGAUGUGCCUCAGAUUACAAGGUACGUGGCAAAGUAUUUCAGAGCAGAAGGAUGCAUUGACCAGUCCCUAGCAAUCCUUAAAAAGGCAAUAGAGCUGGCCCCCCAUUCAUCCUUUCUGCAUCACCAGAUUGGCCUUUGUUACAAACAGCAGCUCGCUCUCAUGUUUCAAGCCCAGAAAGGUGCAAAACGCAUCCCUGUGACUGAAAAAAGAGCCAAGGCCGUGGAGUGCAUCCAGUACUUCAAAAGAGCAGUAGAACUGAAGCCUUCCAAUAUACAUGCUAAUAUUAACCUGGCAGAGGCCUAUGGAGAGAACCGUCAAAUAGAAGAUGCAGAAAAAGUCUAUGUUAGCUUGCUGGAAGACCAGAGUCUCUGCAACUCUGACAGGCAGCACUGUCACACCAGCUAUGGGUUGUUUCUGAUGUACAAGAAAAAAUCAGAGCCUGGCGCAAUAAACCAGUUCAAAGCCGCAUAUCAGUUCCGAAUGCAGACAUCAGACAGAAGGCAGGCUGGCAAAAAGCUGAAACAAAUUGCAGAAAGGCAGCUCAAAUGCAAGGAGAAGGUCAGUGAGGCCUUUGAAAUUCUGGCGUUUUUGUGCACCGAGGAUAAAGAGGAGAAGAAAGCUAUGGAGUACACAGCAAGAGCAAGGCAUUUUGCAGCAGGCAGUGCUGACCAGCUCAGUGCUGAAUUCAGCGAAAGAAUGAAACUGAAGUAGAUUGAAGACAGCAACAAAAUAAAGAAUGCAUUUCAUUUUUUUUUCUUUACUGGUGUCAGAUCUAUGGUGGAAAGGAAACCAAGAUGAAAAGCAGAUGCCUUUUUAACAGAUAAACGAUUUGAAAAUUGUUUGAAAUCAAAAGCAUUGAAAGUGUGUAAUUAAUCUCUAAAACAUGUUUAGACUUUCAGAUAAAAUAAAAUGUAUACAUUGAUUCAUUAGAGAAAUACACUUUAAGUAACCAUGAAUGACCUUGUUUAAUAUAAAGAUGCUGUUACAUAAGGAAAUGUACUAUGUAUACACAAUGAGUUAUGUGAAAUAUAGUGCACAUUAAAAUCUUAUAAACACAAUGUGCGCCUAAGUAAACCGCAAGCAAUAUUUUAUACUAUGCUGUCUUUUUUGUAGUUAAGCAAGAAUUAACAUCAAAAGUGCAACCUUAACAAAUUAUUGUAUAACAAAUCAUGUAUGGUUAUAAAUACACAGUUAAACCACUCUUUAUAUUUAUGUAGUUAAAACUUUAAAUCCCUUUGUUAAAUCUUCUUGUAUCUGCUGAAAAAGCUAUGAACACCAUCUUGCUGAAAACUUGCUUUUCUUCUCUUGGUCUGCAAUGAGGAAGAAGACCAAGACACGGACGUGUCAGAGAUCUAGUUAAUUAUAUUGCCGUUUGCAAAAUGUUGUUCUUUCUACCAUUGAGGAAUAGCAAUAUCAAGCAUGUAAUGCACUGUAUGGUCUUGUGAUUCUAAGAAGCAAAGCAUUUGUUAAGGAUGUAAAUAAAGACUUCAACAUAA